GCUAGCUGUAGCUUCAUUUUGACCUUACAGACAUUAACAUCUAACUCUCAGAGAGGAGAGAAAUAACGUAUCAGAAAAUAAUGAACAGGUAAACAGUAAUGACCAGCAGGGUGAAGGGUUUUUAAGGAAUCAAAACUUUUAAAGUUGCUUCACACAGUGGUCUUUAGUGGCCUCAAACACAGACAGGAUGUGAGCUUUGACUGGUUUUCUUAUGUCUCUCUGCUCAGAUGCACAUAACCAGAUAACAUCAAACAAUAACAAUACAGCAGAACUGACCAUUAGAAAUACAUUAAAGAAAUGAUAAUAAAUAAAUACUAGAGCUGAGGCAUUAUACAAAAAUAUAUUUGAUACUGCCCACUGAUUAGCUUUUAUUAUGCAUAUGACAAUAAAUGAUUCUGCUACUGAUUACAAUUUGCUGCGCCCACAACCCCCUCCCUCCCUCUUUGUGGUUAAACAGGAUGCACUUGCUGCAUCUGCUGUGAGGCGGUCAGUGUUUAAACUUCAGCCUGCAGAGACCAUGAAGGCAACGCUGCUUCUCCUCUUGUUGCUAAUCCAUCAGGCGUCUGCCCACAGUCAUGCCUCUGUGAAAGUCGUUCCCAACAAGUCUCAGUUUUCUGAAUAUGACAACAUCUUGGUGAGCUGUGAACACUUUGGCUCUGGUGAAUGGACGGUGUGGAGAUACACAACACAAAGUUUGGAGCUGUCCCAGUGUGGGUCGGGCUGGGGCAUCCUGACCUCCUCCACCUGCGAAAUGACUUCAGUCAAGCCGGCGUCCAGUGGGGUGUACUGGUGUGAGUCUAAACACAGGCAAAGCAGCAACGCCGUCAGCAUCACCAUCACUGGUGGAUCAGUGAUCCUGCAGAGUCCUGUCCUCCCUGUGAUGGAGGGACAUGAUGUCACUCUGCACUGUAAAACAAAGACCACUCCCUCCAACCUCCCAGCUGCUUUCUAUAAAGAUGGCUCCCUCAUCAGGACUGAGCCUACAGGUCACAUGACCAUCCACCAUGUUACCAAGUCUGAUGAAGGCCUCUACAAGUGUAACAUCAGCAGUGAUGGAGAGUCUCCACCCAGCUGGCUACUGAUGAAAGAUGAUCCUGACCCGGUCUUUCUCACCGUGUCUCCUGACUCGUCUCAGCUGAGCGAAUAUGAGAAUCUGUCUCUGAGCUGUGGAGACAACAGCAGCUCUCACGGAUGGCGCAUCAAAAGGUUCCCACAUGCAGGUGAUCCCUCUAACCAUAAGGUGUCCAGCUGUGGAGACACAUGGGGGACCCUGACUUCCUCUGGCUGCUCAUUCACACUAAUCAAGAAGAGUGUCAGUGCUGUUUACUGGUGUGAGUCGCCUACAAAGCAGCGGAGCAACUCUGUCAGCAUCACUGUCCACGGUCAAGAUCAGGUGAUCCUGCAGAGUCCUGUCCUCCCUGUGAAGCCGGGAGAAAAUGUCACUCUGCACUGUAAAACAAAGACAACCUCCAACCUCCCAGCUGCUUUCUAUAAAGAUGGCUCACUCAUCAGGACUGAGUCUACAGGUCACAUGACCAUCCACCAUGUUACCAAGUCUGAUGAAGGCCUCUACAAGUGUAACAUCAGCAGUCAUGGAGAGUCUCCACCCAGCUGGCUGUUUGUUGAAGGUGAGACACCCCCAGCUCACAUCCUGAAUCAGCCCCGAUCUGAGCUCCGUCUGCUGAGAGUGAUCCGAUACAUGGUGGUCAUCUCCCCGUACCUCGUCUCCACUGUCCUCAUGGUGUCUAAAUAUCGACGAAGACCCACAGAGAGGACCUCGCCUGUUUCCAUGACGACGCCCCCACCCACUGAGGAUGAUGAGAGACCGGACAGAGAGUCUAAUGAUGACACUGCUGAUGUCACCACCGAGCAUCAUUUUUAA